UUAUAAUAGGCCAACCUGGCAACGGGCCAGUCUGAAAAGUGAAAGCAGUUUUCUGCAGGAUCGCGGGUCAGAUACCGUCCUGAAGGUCCAAUCCACGCACGAGGAAGAGCUUCACCAUCUAAAGAUGGACUGAGUCCUCAGAGCCGCAUCAGGAUGAAUCGUAACACUGUGGAAAUGUUACAGCACAAACUCAACGGCAUGAAGGCAUCAGAUUACCAUGGAUUGAAGAGUCCUGGUCUCACAUGCUACUUGAACAGCAUUCUUCAGGUGCUUUUCAUGACUCCAGAGUUCCGGGAGACUGUGAAAAGCAAUGAAGGUCAAACAUCUAUGGAUCAGCACCUCAGAGAACUGUUUGCUGAUUUAGAGAAAGGCGCAGCUGACACACAUCGUAUCACAAAGCUGCUGCAGAUUAAAGACGUGUACCAGCAACAGGACGCUGCCGAGUUUUUCCAAAAGAUCCUGUCUGUGUGCAGCAGCGAGGCAGCCGAGAUCUUCAAAGGAGAGCUGAGCUACAGGUUCACCUGCUGUGGGUGUAACCAGCAGAGGAACUCCAGGAACCAUUUUUACCUUCUGCCACUCACAGUGGAAAGCUGGCACCAUGAACCUUACAGCGUGAGCAAAGGGUUCGAGGAGUUCUUCAGGAGAGACAAAGUCAGCAGGGACAACAAGAUGUCCUGCAGCUGGUGUCGUGGAAAAAAAGACGCAAUCUUUCAAUGCCAGAUAACCCAACACCCAGACAUCCUGACCCUUCUGCUGAAGAGGUUCAGCUUCGACUUCGAGACAAACCGCUAUGUCAAAGUCCACUGUGAGGCCGACAUCCCUGAAACCCUACAAACGCAGGAUUUGACAUACAACCUCUACGCUGUGGUGAUGCAUUCUGGGAGUCUAUCAGGAGGCCAUUAUACCGCGUGCAUCAAGUCGUUUGAAAACGGGGAAUGGUACGACUUCAAUGACACCAGAGUGCAGAGGGCUGCUCUUGGAAACGCCUGCAGGAGGUCCCAGGCUUAUCUUCUCAUGUACAAGAAAGCGAGCGGACAGUCAGAGAGACUCGGCGCCCGAGAAGCUCGCGGCCCAUCUUCCCGUGACCUCGCUGACAGAAGAGAAAGAAGAGCUGGACGGGCUGAGGACAGACAGGAGCAUGUAAAGCACAGCGGUGACACGCGCAGGGUUUCACAAACACCAGCAACCACAUCUCUGAAAGAUGAUUCACAGAGAAUCACUCAGAGAACACCAGGGGGCGCUGUAGCCGGUGCAAAGCCAAGAGCACAUACCAAACAUCACCCGGAGGCUGAUUUCAGGAUGAAUGACAAGUUACAGCAAAACCACAACACAGAGACAAUUAGAGGAACGACAAAGAUGCUUAUCCAUCCGGGGAGUGACUCAGAGGCCAGACGGACGCAGCAGCGCGCUGCCGGAGGAAGAGACGCCACUAAGGAUGCAACAAGAGGAAGGAUGAGACCAGAAAGAGAAGCAGCCGCCGCGGCAACGCAACAAAGUCACAACACACGCGACAAGAGCAGCACGAGGAAGAAGGAAGAGAGAAAACCGUGGAAGUGAGAGACGGAAACAUCAGACCCGCUCCCACUUUGACUGCUGCUAAAUCUGACUUUUUAUAAUAAAUAUCAGCUGUUUUCAUGCUCUCACUUUCAAACCAGAUCUUUUCUUUAUAUAUAAAUUAAAGUGCUUGUAGCACAAAUGCAACUUUUUCCUGUUGCUGUAAAAAAUAAACUCUUUUCUUGGUCUAGU